AUGAGCCGGCAAAACGACGUGCUUAAAGAAUUUGAUCCGUUGCAGCAGAAUACAGACUCGGAACAUGUGGUAAAGCAGACCGAAUCCGUAGGGAUAAGGGUUCAUGACAAGCCGGACUGCAGAGCGCAAGAAAAAUCCAAAUAUGAUGAACCAGAUACUUCUGGGGAAGCUACCAGUGAUGUAGAGACAUUCUACGAUUUUCAACUCUUCGCUAAACAGUUGCAAGAGCCAAGCGCUGAGCCAAUUAUAAAAUAUUCGAAAUCAUUUUUGAGGAACUUUCAAACUCAACGACUGUUGUGGACAGCCAGAGAGCAGCAGAAGCUGAUAAACGAUUUUAAAAUAUUUAUUUAUGACAAGUUUUUGGAAUAUGAGCCGUUUAAAUCGUUAGACGCAAUAAUGUUACGAAAUGCCCAGGAGGGAAUUGAGAAAUUGAUAAUGGGAAAACUUCACAAUAAAUGCUUUUCACCUUGUCUCAAAAGCUUGGGAAGUAACCUGGAUGAAGAACACAAACAAGAUUUGAUUGAUGAUAAAAGCUUGCAAAAUAAAGUUGAAGAAUUCAAAUUUAUAAAGCCUGCAGAUCUAGACAUCGAUGAUUCAUUAUCUGACCGUUUGGAUACUUUUGUAAAAUUCUCUGGAAAAGAACUGAAUAAGAUAAAUCGAUUCAAAGCGCCUCGCGACAAAAUGAUCUGCAUUCUAAACUCCUGUAAAGUUAUAUUUGGAAUACUAAGGCAUCAUACCGUUGAGGAAAAAGGUGCGGACAAUUUCAUUCCAAUCCUAAUAUAUACCAUUUUGAAAAAUAACAUUCAAGCAUUGGGCUCUAAUGUGAAAUAUAUUGAACGUUUUAGAUAUGAGGAAUUCAUUCGUGGUGAGGCCUCUUACUAUUUGAACAGUCUUCAGGCCGCCAUCAAUUUUAUUGUAACAUUAGAAAAAAGCUCACUGUCAACAGAUCACGACAGCAGUUUCGAAGAUAGAUACCAAGAGAACCAGAGCACCAUACAACAAGAGACAAAUGAUGAUGACAAGGCCAGCAGAGACGAUAUUCUGAGCUCUGAAGACUACGAACAUAAUGGAGCCUUAGACCAUCAGCAUAAAAGAAAUAAUAAGAGCACAUUACCAAGUGACUACAUCUUACAUCCAUUAGACAACGCUGCUAAUGCCGUAAUGCAGAAAUUCAAUGAAUUGCUCUUCGUGUCAAAACAUGAAAACCGAGAGCACAGCAACUCGGGUAGCGGAUCUAACCAUCCCGAUCAACUUAAUGACAACGAGAAUGUCGAACAGUUGGCCAAAAAACUGCAAGAACAAGAGCAAAGAAAUACCCUGGAAACUUUGCAGGCGAUGUUCCCGGAAAUGGACGAUGCCAUUAUAGAAGAUGUAUGUAUUGCAAAGAAAUAUAGAGUGGGAGCAACUGUUGAUGUUCUGCUGUCGUUAUGA